AUGGUGCUCCUCACAAUGACGCGCUCCAUCGUGGAGGCUCUGCAAAUCUGGGACAAUCUAGGCUACCCAUCAAAAGACAAGCUCCAGGCAGGCAAAGACGACCCCGCGCUCGACGAUGCCGCUGUCGGCAAGCCCAUUCUACACUCACAAAUCAUCGAGCUCUGGUUAAUACUCAGGGAUGCCGGGCAUGAGGAACAUACUUUGGAAAACAUGCUGAAAGGCGCCUGGUCAAACGAAUACAAAGCCUUGAUGGCCCGUCUCCGGCGCGAAGAAGAACAACGAGCAUACGAGCGAAUGACGAACCCACUUCCCCCAACCGAGACCUUUGCUCAACGAUUUCCUGCUGCGAAUAUGGCGAGGAGCUUUGCUGCUGUCAAUCGAGUAACGGUCGAUAAAGACCUCGGCGAUGACGAUGUUACAUAUAACGACGUGCACAGACAGCUGAUGCUGAUACUGAACUUUAUGGUCAGUAUCCUGGGUGUGGCAGGCACUCUGUGGGUGUUGGCCAGAUGGUGGAGCACACCAGCGCGACUGUUUCUGACUCUGGGGGGAAGUCUGUUGGUGGGGAUUGCUGAAAUUGCUGUAUACUCGGGAUACAUAUGGCAUUUGGGUGAGGCGAAGAAGCAGGAUAAGAAGUUUAAGGAGGUGAAGCAGAUUGUACAGACGUGGGCUGUUGGAGUGGAUGAAAAGGAGGAGGCCACUCUUAUUGGGGACAAGAGCUCGUCAGAUGAGAAUACGGAUCUCCGGAGGCGCAAGAAGGAUGCUCAAAUUUGA